CAGAACCCUAACCCAUCCACUACAUAAUACAUAUAAUCGCAGCCGCGUUACAUAGCUUCGGUAUUUCCUUCUUCUAAGGUUUUCUUCUCGCAUUUCACAGCCUCCUCAGAACUAAUCUCAAUCUCGCUUCUUCGCAGCCAUGUCAUCAAGGAGAAAGACUAGAGAGCCAAAGGAAGAAAAUGUGACCCUUGGACCCACUGUGAGGGAAGGGGAGCAUGCUUUUGGAGUUGCUCACAUCUUUGCAUCAUUUAACGAUACAUUCAUUCAUGUGACUGAUCUCUCUGGAAGAGAAACCCUUGUACGCAUAACUGGUGGAAUGAAAGUGAAAGCUGACAGAGAUGAGUCUUCACCAUAUGCUGCCAUGCUUGCUGCCCAGGAUGUGUCACAGAGAUGCAAGGAACUUGGCAUUACUGCCCUUCAUAUUAAGCUUCGUGCUACUGGUGGGAACAAGACAAAGACACCUGGUCCGGGUGCACAGUCUGCCCUUCGUGCCCUUGCUCGUUCUGGAAUGAGAAUUGGUCGCAUAGAGGAUGUGACUCCAAUUCCAACGGAUAGCACUCGUAGAAAGGGUGGUAGAAGAGGGAGAAGGCUUUAAUCUUGUUACUUCGGUGGACUGGACCUGUUUUUAUUUUGUUCCAAAUGGAGAUUUGUUACUUGGAUUUUACUUAAAGUUGCUUCGCAGUUUCAGAACUGCUGUUUAGAUUUUCUCAUUCACCUUUACAAUGAUUUAUGUUGAACUUAAAAAGAGGUCCUCUUGUGAAGUAGUUGGAAUUUUUCUUUGGUA